GAGUUGAGUGCGGCUCCUCUGCGCGUCUGGGAGCGCUUGAGGUCGCUGUUCUAAGCGUCAGCUCUUCCUCUCUUUCGAUCCUGAGCUAAAAAUGGAGAAACACUGCACGGACUCACGAGUCAAAGGAGUCAGCACAGGGACCACCAUCCUGGCUGCCAUUUUUGAUGGAGGGGUUGUGAUUGGGUCAGACUCCAGGGCUUCAAUUGGAGGAGAGUAUGUUUCAUCCAAGACCAUCAACAAGGUGAUUCAGGUUCACGACCGGAUCUUCUGCUGCAUAGCUGGUUCACUCGCAGACGCUCAGGCCGUCAUCAAGACCGCAAAGUUCCACCUGUCCUUCCACAGUGUCCAGAUGGAGAGUCCUCCUCAGGUGAUCGCAGCAGCAUCUGUGUUGAAGGAUUUGUGCUACAAAAACAAAGACGAGCUGCAGGCCGGCUUCCUGACAGCAGGCUGGGACAAGAAGAACGGACCACAGGUGUAUGUCGUGUCUCUAGGUGGGAUGUUGAUCAGUCAGCAGGUUACCAUCGGUGGGUCAGGCAGCACUUUCAUCUACGGCUAUGUUGACGCUAAAUACAAACCUAACAUGACAAAAGAGGAAUGCCUCCAGUUUGCCACUAAUGCUCUUGCCCUGGCCAUGGGCAGAGACAACGUCAGCGGGGGUGUCGCUCACCUGGUGGUGAUAACAGAAAAGGGGGUGGAGCAUGUGGUUGUACCUGGUGACAAGCUGCCCAGGUUCCAUGAUGAGUGACCGCCUUUGUUCCUCCUACCAUCAAACCACCAAUGAAAGAAUAACUGUUUCAAAACUAGACUUGUAUUACCUGUUUGGUUUGUUUAGGAUUGGGAUGCAACAAAGUCAGACACACAAAAAGCAAGUUAAUAUUCUGCCAGAUAUAAAACCUGUGAACCACAGAAACACUGCUGUAAAAACAUUUGAGUCUUAUUACGAAUUUAUACAGAGUUCAACUUUUUACCCUUUUUUGUGAUCAAGUUACAUGCUUUGUGUUUUUAUCUAAAAAGUAAAAAUUAAAAAAAAAUUGGAAAUUAAAAUAAAUAGAAAUCUUAAAAUU